GCCUGUUUCUUCGCUUCUUUUGGAACAAGAAUCCCAAAAUGACCCUUAAAAUACGGCUCCUAGUUUUCCUCGUGGCCAGAGUGACCAUCUGCAUCUUUGCCACGGAAGCAAGCACAGCACCAGCGGAGGAGGAGGAGGAGGAACUGGCCACAGCCCUUCUGGGAGCCAGCGAGGGUCCAGACUAUUCCGAAGUGCCCACUCUGGAACUGAUGACCACGGACAGCAUCACGUCUUCCAGCGACCUUGGGGAGAACACAACGGACGCAGAGCCGCCCACAACCUCUGAGGACCCCCUGGAAACAGUCACCCUGGUUGGCAUCAUCCUGGGCACCAUUGCAGCUAUUGGAGUGGCCACAGGGAUCGUGAUCGUCCUCGCAAAGAAAAUGUCGGGCAGGUACUCGCCUUAAACCUCACUGAAGACGGUGAACCUUUGCUUCGUAAAACCACUUUGAUUUCAGGGGAAACCUCUUGCAUUAGCCCCAGACUCUGGUCCUUGGGAAGAGAGACUGGAUGUUUGAUUAGCUGAUUAGAGAUUCCAUAGGGUUUCCUCACAAGGAAGAACUUUGCCCAGUCAAGCCCACUGCCAAGGAAAAAGGAGAAAGGUCUUUUCAACAACAACAACAACAACAAAAAGCCCAGCUGUUUAUCUUUUUGAUCCUGUUUACAGAUAAUACCCAAGUGACACAUUGCAGGACUCCUAGAGCGAGAUGGGCCCCCGCACGCCAUGUUCUCCUCUCUCGGUUCUCGUUGUUUGGGAUUGCUCUUCAACCCGUCUGCUGCCGUUUGGGCAAGAGAUCGGAGUGCCUCUCGUACAAACACCUGGGACGCACUUCAGCCACCUGGACAUCCCGCCCUUCGAGAAUUUCAAACCCAAAAAGACACACCACCACUCCAAGUGCGGCCCUUGACUCAGUUGCAUCUCUUCCUUGCCUAAAGAGGCCACUUUCUUCUCAAUUGCAAAGAAUCAGGGCUGGCCAGUGAGUUAUAACUGAGCUCCCGAUGUUAUGGCUGCCACAAAGCGAGAAGCGCACAUUUUGGUUACCCAGCAUUGGAGAUGGCGAAGAACUUGGGGGGGGAGGUGCUGGUAGGCUCUCUCCACUGCUUCCUUUCUGCUGGGGGAGUCCUGGUGCAACCCAAGCGCCCCUUGCAACCUUCCCCAUCACAUUACUUAGAAGAGGGCAGGGGUAUUUGGAAGAUCUCGGUGAGACAAGGGGAAGAAGGAAAAAGCAAACUCCGGUGUGCAACCAUCAACUCUGCCUCCAACGCUUCUCAUUUUUCCCAUGUAGAAAGGGGGAUAAUUCUGCAGACCCAGAAUUGGCGCUGUGUGCAUAAUUCAGUCCUCCCACUUUGUAGAAAUGGCUCUGAGAGGAGGCCACCCUGGUCAGACAAAGCGGUGGCUGCUGCACGCAUGCCCGUGAAAAUGCAAUGAGCCAACCAGUGGGCGGCAACUGGCAUAAAUCUCAUUUGGAAAGGUCUGGGACGCAGCCCCUUCCAAAGGCAGUUUUUGGAAAACCUGGGGAUGUACUGUAACUGGGUCCCAAAUGCAAGAUGGAAAAAAGCACCUGAGACAAUGGAACAGCUAACGUUGUGUAGGUGAGAAGCAUGCCAAAUGACGUCCAUUUGUGACAUUGUCUUAAAAGCAAUUGAGGGGAUUAGAAAAAUUCACAGAAAAGUUGUCCCCAUUCAAACAUUUUCACUGCUUUUCUGCUCAGCUGUCUUGGAUUCAGUUUCUCCUUAAGUCCAGAUUCAUCAACAGCAUUUCUUGUGGGACAGACGUCCAUGCAGAAUCCCCAAGGGGACCUAUUGUCCCGAUCCUUUGGGCACACAGCUGGCCUCCUCGCCCUGAGAAAUCUCCCCGGCAAAGGCAAAAAAAAUUUGCACUUCUUGCCAGAAACCGAUUCCAGGCAUCCAGCGGAGUGGACUGUGAUCCCUAGAUAACCUGGUUAAUCUUUCAAGGCAUCAGAGUGAGCCUUCAGUGGGCAGCUGUUCCUGUACAAUACACAGCUCAGUGUUAACCUGAGUGAGCUCUGGUGUGAUUUAACAUGGGUGUGUGAACCAGUGGUGAAAUUAAAAAAAAUCCCCUACCA